AUGCCCGCACCCACCGCCCUGCUAAGAAAGCCAGAGGAACUGGCGGAGGCUGCCAGUGUCCCUUUACCACAGGAGGACGACGAUGAACUUCUCCUUGAUGCGCCAGAUGCGGAACCAACAGAUUUGAAUGCAGUUCAGCCAGUGGAGGGAGAUACCGAGAUGCACAUUGAUGAGGAGGGUAGACCAAGAUUUGCACCAUCUAAGACCGCUGAUCGUGUGGACCGAGUUGAAACCAGAAAAGUACCUAUACCACCUCACAGAAUGACGCCCCUCAAAGCAGUCUGGCCAAAAAUGUACCCACCACUUGUCGAGCACCUGAAGCUGCAAGUUCGCAUGAACAUCCAUUCGAAAUCCGUUGAGCUCCGAUCCUCCAAGCAUACCACAGACCCAGGAGCGCUACAGAAAGGUGCCGAUUUUGUGCAGGCUUUCUCUCUCGGCUUCGAUAUCGACGAUGCGAUCGCUCUUCUCCGUCUAGACGACUUGUAUAUCCAAACAUUCCAGAUUCAGGAUGUUAAGACUUUGCAGGGAGAGCAUUUGGGCAGAGCGAUUGGAAGGAUUGCAGGCAAGGACGGGAAGACCAAAUUUGCUAUCGAGAAUGCCAGUAGGACGAGAAUCGUACUUGCAGAUUCGAAAAUCCACCUUCUGGGCGGCUUCAAGAAUAUCCAGAUUGCCAAAACGGCAGUGGUCAGCUUGAUUCUUGGUAGUCCUCCGGGCAAGGUUUAUGGGAAUCUGAGAACUGUGGCGGCGAGGAUGAAGGAGAGAUUCUAA